UAAGUGGGUACUAAAACCAGAAAAGUUGUGAGUUGGCUUGUCACAGUCGGCGUGUCACUCAUUUUAUAACGACAUUUACUCAUCACUCGAAAAAUGUGGUCACUGUUUAGCAGAGAUCCAACUAAAGAUUUUCCGUUUGAAGUUGGUGAAAAAGUUUUGGGUCUCGAGGAGCAGUCAAUCUGGAGCUUGCAUAAUGGAAAGAAAAAGAGUACUGGUGAGCUGGUCUCCAUCUUUGUUUUUGAUGUUAAAUCAAGCAGUGACUCACAGGUUCAACUUGCAAAGGCAUCUUUUAAAAGGAUAAAAACAUUGAGGCAUCCAAACAUUUUGACUUUUAUGGAUGGUAUAGAGACAGACAAGGUUAUCUAUGUUGUGACAGAGCAUAUUGUUCCACUGGAGACAUAUCUGAGAGAAAACACAGGGGACAACAGUCAGAACAACUUGGCUAUUGCCUGGGGCUUGCAUCAGAUAGCUAAAGGGCUAAGUUUCUUAGUCAAUGACUGCAACCUAAUUCACAACAAUGUGAGUAUGGUGUCAGUAUUUGUGGACAAAGCAGGCGAGUGGAAAUUAGGGGGAGUGGACUACAUGUAUCCAGCUGAGGGACCAGAAAGCUUACCCCCUGUCAAAAUACUGCCCAUUUUAGAAAAAUAUGAUCCACCAGAAAAGGCAGAUUUUAGUGGACCACGGAAAAAGAAAGGAGAAAAAUGGUCCACAGAUUCAUGGGGAUUAGGUUGCCUUAUUUGGGAAAUAUUUAAUGGUCAGCUGCCUAGAACCAGCUCUUUGAAGUCAACUGGAAAGAUUCCCCAAAAUCUAGUUGCCAACUACUGUGAGCUUGUGGGAGCAAACCCUAAGUCAAGGCCAAAUCCCUCAAAGUUUAUACAAGACUGCAGGAUAAAAGGAGGGUUUAUGUGUAAUAGUUUUGUGGACACCAUGUUAUUUUUAGAAGAAAUACAGAUAAAAGACCAAACAGAAAAGACUCAAUUUUUCAGCAAAUUACCAGAGUCAUUAGAUUUAUUUCCCAAGGAAUUUUGUAAACAUAAAAUCCUACCACAGCUUCUAAAUGCCUUUGAGUUUGGGAAUGCAGGUUCAGCAGUAUUAACUCCAUUGUUUAAAAUUGGCAAACUUCUUGACCAAGAAGAGUAUCAGAAAAAGAUUGUGCCCUGUGUUGUAAAAUUAUUCUCAUCUACAGAUAGAGCUACUAGAGUCAAAAUGUUACAACAGCUGGAACUUUUUGCAGACUUCCUGUAUCCACCCACAGUGAAUGAGAAAAUCUUUCCCAGUGUCAUUCAGGGAUUCAUGGAUACAAAUCCAGUAGUUAGAGAACAUACUAUUAAAGCCAUGUUGUAUUUGGCAUCCAAACUGAAUUACAAGAACCUCAAUGAAGAGCUGAUGAAACACUUUGCAAGACUACAAUCAAAAGAUGACCAGGGAGGCAUCAGGACCAACACUACAGUGUGUUUAGGCAAGAUAGCCUGUCAUCUUGACCCACAGAUCCGCCAGAAAGUAUUGCCAUCAGCCUUUCUUAGGGCUCUGAAAGACCCCUUUGGGCCUUCGCGACAAGCAGGCAUUCUAGCUAUGGCAGCAUGCCACAAUUUCUUCUCUCUCAAAGACUCAGCCACCAGACUUCUACCAGCAUUAUGUGUUUCAGCAGUGGAUCCUGAGAAGGGAGUAAGAGACCAGGCUUUCAAGGCCAUCAAAUGUUUCCUUGGAAAGCUGGAGAAGGUAUCAGAACAUCCAGAAAUGGAGCAAGAGUUAGAGAAGGACCUGAAUGCUGGUGGGUCAGCAGUGACCAGUGGAUGGACAGGCUGGGCGGUCAGUGGCAUGUCCUCUCUCACGUCUAUCACUUCAAAGAUUUACAAGGGAAGAGGCAAAGGGAAUGCUACUGUUCCUGCCACUUCUCAAGCAACUCCUGCAAGUGCCAGUAAUCCAGCAGCUUCAGAGACAGCUGUUCGUCCAGCAUCCCAAGACAAGCCACCAACUCCUGCAGCGCCACCUAGCAGCCAUAAUAAUGAGCCUGCAGAAGAGUCUGGGUGGAAUGAUGAAGGGUGGGGAGACAUGGAUGAUUUUGAUGAGGAUGUAGCUGUAAAGGAAAAUGAAGAUGGAGAUGACUGGGAUAAUGAAGAGUGGGGAAGCUUAGAGGACACAUCCUCUGUCCCCAAUAGACAGCAGGACCAAACAUCUGGAAUGAGAAGUGGCAUGUCAUUAAGCUCUGCACCCAAGCAACAGGCGUCAGCAUUUGAUGACUGGGGAGUAGAUGACUUUGCCCCAAUAGAGGACGCCUCUGUAGCUCCAGCAAGCUCCUACAACUGGGGAGUCCAAGAUACAGCCGAUGACUUCUUUUCUACUUCUCUAGGCGUUCAGUCUCAGAAACCCAAGUCUCACAGUUCGCAGAGCUCAGGGUCUCGUCCAUCUUCCACCAGAUCGUCAGUAGAGAGACAGGCUAGGUCCAGUCCAGCAAGAACAACCCCGUCAUCAACACCUGCUAAAGAUAGUGGCUGGGAAACUGGAGGAGGAGGAGGAGGCUGGGACGAUGACGGGUGGGGAGGUGACACCUGGGAGUCUAUAGAAAAUACAGAUAAUAAGGCAGAUAUGGCAAGAAGAAAAAGAGAAGAAAGGAAACUCCAGAAACAGAAAGAACUACAGGAAAAACGUGCCCAAAGACAAGGCACUGGUGCUAUGAAACUUGGUGCAAAAAAACUGGGUCUAGAUUGAUAAUACCCUUCAAAUUGGAUAGAUAAUUGAGAGUAGUCAUAAUUUUCAGACCUUCAAAACCUAGUAUUGCCCACAAAAAUGCACCUUAUUCUUUUCAUGAGGUGACUAUGUAAAAUACUAGGUUUUACAAGGGCUGAAUAAAAAAACAAUUUUCCUCUAUGAAGAUCGAUCGUCAGCAUCAUAGAAUUGUUGAACAGGCAAAGUAGGUGGGUUUCCAUAACAAAGAUGUAAGCUGAGUAGACUUCGCUCUUAGAAGCAGGAACAUUUUUGUGUGUUAACACGAAGAGUUAUGAGUAAUAAAUAAAUAAGCACGGAAUUUGGAGACAAAUGAAGCAGUGGCCAACUAGGAAAUGACCUAAAACAAUGUGAUACUUGCUGCUGCUAAACAAUGCAAGCUUAAGUGUACCAGUCUCUGAUGUUGACACUUGGUUGUAGAUAUAACCUUUUUUUAAUGAUCUGUGAUUUUAAAGUAAAAAUCAUUAUGAUUGCAACUUUUAUUUUUAAGUUAUAUAUUUUAACCAAUCUUCUGUCCUUUAAAUGGUAAAACAAAGAACUCAUUCACUUUCCUCUACUAUUAGCAGUCAACAAUAAUCAGCUUGGAAAGUGAAAAAUUAGACAUAGAAACACAACAUAAAAAGAGUAAAUGAGGUAAAGGAGUAUUUAAAUGUAUAUCUUUAUAUGCUCAAUAAAGAUUUUAUUUAUCA